AGUCGUAAGAGUGUAUACAACCGCCGAACAGGGAGGACGUGCGCCGUGCGAUAGGUUUUGUCUGGUGUCAGAAGAAAAAAUAAAAAAACAAAUAAGACAAAUAGAGUAAUUGUAAAUUCAGUUCUGUGAUACAAAUUCAAAGUCAAACUUGAUCCUGUUCUAUUCGGUGGAGUGGUGUUGUUGUAAAACAAAAAAAAAGCAAAAUAGAAACAGAGCAAGAAAAUAUUAAUCGUCCAACAAAAAAUAAAUAAUAAUAUUCGUGAGAUUCGUCGAUAUUUACCAAAGUGUUGGGCGUUUGUGUGUGUGACAUUUUAAGCCAAAUCCAUUACAAUUGUGCAAUUACAGUUCUCCUGGCCAAGAAAACAUCCAGAAGAUAUCCUGGCAAAUCAAAAAAUUAUCUCAGUUUUUUAACAGCUCUACACCUUGAGAUUUUUAACGCAAUGUCGAAUCCAGCGAAACACAAAAAAUAUAAAUAGCUUCACACAAAAGAAAAACAAGUCAAACAAAAGCACCAGAAGAACGCUACCAGACCACUCGAUUUAAGCCAACUUGAUUUAGCAACAGAAACAACAAAAACAGCUGACAACAAAAACGGCUUUGGAGUUGUAGCAGCACUGCGAUAAGCUUAAAUUAACAAUUCAUUUUAAGAAAACGAAAAAGAACUCUGACGAUAUUUGAGGUGAAAAGUUGACGAAAAUUCAUCGCGGUGCUCAAGUUUUGGAAAGUCUUGCUGGUCAAAGACGCAGAGAAAAACAACAACAAUUAAAAAACCGCAAAACAAAAGAUCUCGGGAAAAGACCAAUGAUCGCCUGCAUGCGCUUACGAAAGCAGCAAAUGAUUCCGACGCUUAUCAUUGUAUAGGGAGCAGCGACAACUGGGUUGGCACACAUAUCACAUCAAAAUCAUCAAAACAGUGAAAAAAGGAGGAAAGAGCCGAAAGUCGCUGGCAAAUUGCACUACAACAGUUCGCUGAAAAUGGAUACACGCGAAGUGUUACUUCUACUGGUGUGUUUAUCCUUGCAGAGUGACAUACGUUCAUCCUACACAGCAAGUAGGUCCCAAAUGGUGUACGCAAUGUCGACCGCUAACCAGGAACUGGAACGAUAUUUCCGAUCAGUAAACACCACCCAAACUAUGGCUGCCGAAGAACGCAUAGCCGUAGACAUCUACACAUAUGCCUUCCUCAACUACAGCUACGUAGAUAGCCAUGUCAAGUUCAGCGAGGAGAAAGCCCGCUACGGCGAAGGUAGGAUCCUUAAUGUGCACGGCAAGCUGGUGCAUAUCAGCGACGCUGAGGAUAUAAAAGAUGACACUGCCUGCUCCAGCAAUAUUCUGGGCACCAAUGGCCAGCCAACGCCAGCUGAGGGCAUUUCGUGGAUCGCCUUAGUCCGUCGCGGUCGUUGCACUUUCGAGGAGAAGGUGAAAAAUGUCUACAGCAAAAGGGCAUCAGGGAUCAUCAUUUACAACGACAAGCCCGUCAUGAACUUGGAAAAGAUGCAAAUCAAGGACAAAUCGCGUAAUAUAACCGCUGUGAUAACUUAUCAAGACAUUGGCCAAGAUAUGGCCAUGAGAUUGGAUCAGGGUCUGGAUGUCACAGCUCACAUUAUUGAAGGCAGGAGCGGAAUGAGACCCAUAAACAGUCUCAACAGAACAUCUGUCCUGUUCGUGGCGAUAUCCUUUAUUAUUCUCAUGGUCAUAUCUCUGGUCUGGUUAAUUUUUUAUUAUAUACAAAAAUUCAGAUACAUGCAGUCCAAAGAUCAACAGUCCCGCCAUCUUUGCUCCGUUACCAAGAAGGCCAUUAUGAAAAUACCCACAAAGACUGGCAAGAGUACUGAUGAAAAAGACGCCGAGUCAGACUGCUGUGCCAUAUGCAUCGAGGCGUACAAAGCUUCGGAUCUCAUACGUGUCCUGCCCUGCAAGCACGAAUUCCACAAAAACUGCAUUGAUCCAUGGCUAAUAGAACAUCGUACAUGUCCAAUGUGCAAACUAGACGUUCUCAAAUUCUACGGUUAUGUGGUGGGUGAUGAAAUUCAUACGACACCCUCGGUACAACAAUUGCCAGCUAACAAUGCCACCCCCUUAGACGACACUGAAGUGCCGGUUGUAGUUCUAGGAGUAGUGCCCCGCCAAAGCAACAGCCUAUCGCAGUCAUCACAGCAUUACUCAACCCACCAACAUCACACCACAUCUUCAUCCGCAUCCGCAUCACCUCCAUCGCUGGCAUCGUCGUUACCAUCGGCGACAACAGUUCCACUUCCCCCCCUAUCAUCCUCAUGUUUGCCCAAUAGAUUCAGUGCGAGUGUGGAGACCCAGACGACAGCGUCACUAGAACCGCACAGUAGUCACGAGUACGACCAGUCCUACUACCAUCGGCAAGAGACAAGCGCCGCAAUACCAGAAGCGGAUGAAAUCGAUCAUAUAGCAAACUUUCAAGUGAGCACAGCCAGUCGCCAAGUGACCGAUGUCUAACCCACCCAGCUGUGGAGCAGCAGAAACACUGAAGCGUCGGAUGUCUGGGCCCAUGCUAGUGCCAGAGCGCCAUACGUAUUUUUGUAUUACUUGUAGUUGUCCCACUUCAUUACAACAGCAACAACAACUUUAUGUAAAUAAUUGUUCUUAAUUUAAUUGAUUUUUCUUUUGUAGUUUAAACGCUUAAACUGAUCCCAAAAAUGAAUACUUAAGAGUUCUAAGACUUGACAUGAAAGUACUUAUAAGUUUUAUAGUUUUACGUUAUUUUUAACUGAUCCAACUGAAGUCCAGAGAAAUCAAGAAAAAACUUUUGUACACCCUUCUCCCACCCCCUCCUCUAGUGCUAAGGCCAUAUUUUGUUAAUCGCUUGGUUUAAGCUAGUGACGAGUAUGACAAUUUGUAGACUUUGUGCAAAAGCAGACGGUGACUUAAGGCUAGUCAAAUUUUAAACAAACCUUCGAAAUUGAAUGUUGGAAGAAAACACUCAAAACCAAUCUUGUAUAUAAACUUUAAACUAACACGAUUUUAGGAUAGAUUCGAACAUUGGUUAACAAUUUUUCUAUUACGACUAGUAUUACAAAUAAGCUAGAAAUUAUAACGAUAAAGUCAAUACUAAGUGAAAAUCCCAAAAUUAAAUGUCAAAAUUAAAUGUUUUCAAAACCAAACUUGAAUCAAA